AUGGCGGAGUCCGUAGGAUCCAUGCAUUUCUCAGCUAAUGGCAAAACAAAUCCUCCAAACCCCUUGUUACCCAAAAUACCACCGGAGAGUCGACUACAGUCUUCCAACGCUGUCCACCCUCCACCGCCAAAGAAAGUCCGAAUCGAGGAGAAGAGUUUGAAACACAGGAAAUUGAACGGGGACGUAAUGUGUGCAGGGGAAAAACACAACGGGAAGCAGAGUUAUGGGAGCCCAGCGAAAUGGAGUUUCGGCCCGGCCAAGCCGAGCAACUCCACCUCGCCAGCUCCCGCACGAAAGAUCUUCAAGAUCAGCAACUUUCUCGCCUCUCCUACGAAAGUGAAGAAACCGAAUGAGAAAAGGCACAAGGAAAAAGAUAAGAGCGCUAAAACGCAGAGUUCACUCAUGGAGAAAGGGAACCUUGGGAGUUGCCAUACAAAGACGGAAAAUUGUGAUGUAAAUAUGUUACAGCGAGGUAGGGUCAACAUUGUCAGUCUUUUGAAUGUAAAAAGUCAUGAACUAGGUUUGAAAUUACUAAAGCCAGCUGAUAACAUUAGUUAAGCAGUGCUACUGUGCAGUAUGCCGAUAUAAUGCCACUAGGCCCAGUAGAUUAUUACACCACUAAUUGACAGAAAGGCCUACAGUUUAGAUUAAGUUGAAUGAAGUGUUGAUGGAUCAGAAUCAAUGUGUUUAUUACUUAAUCUGUAUUAAAUUUCCGUAUUUUAGAACACACUGGCAAAGACGAGGAGAGAGAGAAGAAAAAGGAGAGUGAUAAAGAGAGGGACAGGGAGAAGAAGAACCACCAAGUUAUGGUUGUGAAUGAUGUAGGGAGGGAGAACAGAGAGGUGAAAUCUCCACUGAAAGGUAUGGGUGAGAUAAUAAAAAAUAAAUCAGUCUUAAUGGUGAUUACAUUGAGAUUCAAUGCCAUGUUGGUCAUUUCCAUGUCAGAGAUGUUCACACUGUUUUAGCUUCCCCCUCAUAAUAAAUUGAGUCAAAUGCUGUGAAGUAGGUAGGUCAUGUACCAGGACUGGUGCCUUCAAGAUGUAUGCACACAUCUUAUUUACAGCUAUUGGCUUACACAGUCUUCUCUUCCUUACAGAGUCAACAGAGAAGCCAAAAGUCAACUCGGAGGACGAGCUCCUCUUGAAAAAGCUAAAGAAGAAGAAGAAGAAAAAGAAGCACAAAGACUGCGAGAGGGCGAGACGCAGCCGGCCCAAGAUGUACCACCGCUCCAGCCAGACGGUGUGUUCUGGUGUAACUGUGGACCUGCCGGACCUGCUCAACACACCAGACAGGAGUAACUACAACACCAAUAACAGUUUCUUCCAAACCUUCCCAAGUCCCCAUCAGGAUCCUUCCAGCACCACCACUGCUACCUCCAUGUCCUCCAUGGUCAGGGAGAGGUUGGGCUACGGCUCCCCCCUCCACAGUACCCAGUCCCAGGGCAUUUCAGAGCUGGAGUUUGGCCGUCUGAUCCAUGUGGAGCAGCAGGCCAAUGGAGGAGCCUCGGUGGCCCACGCCUACUGCCAGCAGCUGGCCUGUCUCUCCCCGGCCGAGAUGCAGCGCUUCGCCCAGGAGUUUGUCACCCUGUCAUUCAGCGAGGACCAAGCUGACGCGGCCCACUACGUCAUGGGCAUCAUCCAUGGAGCGGCCUCCUACCUACCAGACUUUCUGGACUACUUCUCCUACAAGUUCCCCAAUGCACCGGUCAAGAUGGAGGUGCUGGGGAAGAAGGAUAUAGAGACCACCACCAUGGCCAACUUCCACACUCAG